GCGUACACACAAUGCAUACACUAGUCUCUGCUCACACUUUAUUACCCACCCCUCCCUGGGAGUAGUAGUCCAACCACCGUAGCGCAGUGUAGACAGCGUAGCGAACGUUCCACCCUGCAUGCCGCGUUAGAGAUAAUAUCGGCUCCAUCAUUCAUCUGGCAUCAUCAUUGUAGUAACUCUGCCGUUUCUCAGCUUGGGAUUUAGAAUAUUAUAGACCCGACAUGACGCUACUGUUUAACUGGCCAAGGCGGACCCCUUACCUGAACCAGCUGGACCGGGCCCAGAGGGACUCCCGCCUGGGUCUACCAUGCGACGGUCGCUGUCAUUCCCAGCACCGACCCACCUACGCCCCGACCAUCAUGCGUUCCUUCACCGCCCCGGCCGCCAUCGUGGCUCCCAGCGCGCUGGGCCUGUGCACGGACCGUCCCGUGGCCGGCGGACUCUGCCCCGUCUGCCGGUCCGGUAUCGUCAACGGAAACCGUACCUCUGGACUCUUGUGUUGUAAGAUAAACCACAGUCCGGCCUGUCCUUCGUGUGGUGUGGUGUUCGACGACGUCGACGACGAGCGAGUUGAGCACCGAUCUGCCACAAACGACAACACCAGCAAGCAGGGGUCAAACCAGCAUGUCAAAGGUCAACGGACUAAGGCCCCCAAGGGAGGCCACACCAAAAAUAAUAGACACCAGCAGGACCUGUUGCUCAAACCCCAAAACGUGGAACUUACUAGCGCCAAGAAAAAGCUCUCUGGGAAAAAGACGGAUAAAUGAAAAGGAAAAGAGGGUGAUCAAUGUUGAAACGUAAGAAAUUUAUUGGAUGCAUUCAAGCGAGCGUCUUGCUCGCACGCAAAGUUGCCAGCUCCUCCCCGGCAAGUUGUCAGCCAAACACGGAAGGAUGUUUGCACGAGUGAAAAAUUGAUGAAUUGCAAGAUACAGGGUGUGAAAUGAUGCAACUAUAUUCAUAGGUGCACUCAAACAAAAAAAAUCUGUUGACGUGAUGAUAUGCCAUGUCGAAGGGUAUAAGCGCUUCAUCAUUACGAUUCAUGUCACUUGGCGAGACAGAAUUUCUUUGCUUGUCGUGUGCAUCUCGCAAGACAUACAUCACGUCCCCAUCGACUGGAAUGUCGUCAUGUGUCACAUGGUUGAAAUGGACGUGCACACGCAUGGGAGUAGGCAUCACCAAGGCAACAGGAUUUCUGGGCAGUCGUAAUCUGAAUUGAGGUGGAAAUGGUAUGCUGAAGUUCAUGAGAUAUAUUCUCCAUACACGAUAUUCUAAGGAUACAUUUUGUACAGCACCAGCAUAUGGAACCAACACAAAUAUGAGGGUUUUCCAGCAAGCUUGAGAGCUAGAUAACAGUAAAAAGCAGAAUGAGGUAAAUGUGUGUUUAUUACAUUGCUUGUUGCAUGUAAAUUUAAAAAAAAUAUUGUUUUUAAAACCAAUGUCCUAUAUGGGAAAACAAGAAAUUGAAAAAUGCAUUGCUGUGCUACGCUUCUGUUUUCAACAUGUAAAUUUGGAUCAUUUUAUAAAUGAAUGUGUUGUGGGUCGCAGAAAAAAUUGAAAUCCCUACAUCUUGAGUGAUUGAAUUGUCUUGAGAACCAGGCAAACAGAAACAUGCACAGUGUAUUUACAAGUCUUUUGUUCCCCAGAAUUGGGCAUUAACAUCACACAGUAGACCUCCUGGUAACAUUUAAAUUUCAUACCAAAAAUGAUUUCUGCAUGUUUAAAUUGAAAAUGUUUAUCUAACAGCAUAUGGAUCUGAAAAUGGAGAAGCACAAUUUUCCAUAUAUUGCUUCUCUUUAUUGGUUGAAUUUCAAAUCCAGCAGGACUAUUAUGUACCAAUAGUCCUGCUAUGGACUAUUAUGUCCCAAACUGUAUUUGACAUUUCCAAGUAAAAAGUAUUUCUUAAAGGUGACAAAAUGCUCAAAAGCACUAGCAUAUUAUGAACUAUGAAAAUUGGCACAAACUUGUGCCAAGUUCACAGAAGAUUUGUUCAGCAGCAACAAGUUAGUGGUCAAUAUGUCACAAAAGGUAUCAAACUUAUUACUGACUGGCUUUACAUUUAUAUUUUUGCACAUAAGUUUGGUACACUAGCAUAUAUGAACUGUGAAAAUAAACACCUAAAUUGUGCCAAGUACGCAGAAGAAUUUGUCAGCAAAAACAGGUUACUGGUCAAUAUGUCACAUAAGGUAUAGAAGUUUUUAUUGACCGGUAUUCCCACUGAUAUUUGCCCAUGCACAUAUAAAUUUGGUGCACUGGCAUAUUGUGAACUACUGUGAACUAUGAAAAUAAACACAGAAAUGUGCCAAUACAACUAAGAUUUUUUGAAAAAAAAACUGGUAUAUGUCACAAAAGGUAUAUAGGCUAUUAUUGACUGGCUUUCCGCUGAUAUUUCCCUCUGCACAUAAGUUUGGUGGGCAAUGUAUUUCUGAUCAGCAGCUCCAUAUAAAAGUGGGUUUUGGAGCCAUUUUCAUGGCCCUGCUUAACAGUUAGCCGAAAGGUUGUGCUUACUAUAGCAGAAAAUUGUGCUAACCCAAUAAGCACUAUUUCAUGUGCUAACGGUUGUGCUGGCACGGAGAUUUCUAUUGAUACAUCAGCAAUUUAAGCAACUUUUCCCCCUGAGGUAAGCGUUGCCUGUUUACUGCUUAUGGUCUCCAUGAAAUAGAUGGCAGCUCUUGUUAGCAAAAAAAUUGUGUGCUUAGCAGUGAUAUGAAAUUGGGUCCUGGUUACUGAAAUAUGAUUCCCCAGACAUCCAAUUAAAUACUGCAGACACUCCCCAUAGCCAUACCGAAGGAGCAAUAUGUCAAAAAUACAGUCAUCUAUUAUCUUGGUCAAGCACUUCCACGAAAUCAGGUGCUGGCAAUAAACGCUAAAUGGCAAUUAGGCAAGCAGGCAAUAAGGAACACGCAAUCCAGUUGGCAUUCAGUCACUAAUUGGAAAGGCAAAUGCAGCACCAGUAAGUUAUACUUUAAAAAUCAAAGGUCGGGAAACCAGCCAUAACUGCUUACAGUUUCAGAUGAGGCUGUCAGGUUGUUUAAAUGAUUGCAUAUUAAACUGUGAUGGUUAAAAGGUGUUUAGCAUUGACAAAAUGUCAUAAACCGAGGAAGGUAUGUAGGUUGACAGGGGGCAAGGGAAAUUAUAAUCUUGUUGGUGAACACAGCAAUCACCUUUCAGUGCAUGGGUUCUGGGCCCUCUGAAGGACCCAAUUUUUUUCUCCCCUCUUUACGAAACCAAGGGUUCAACAGACUGUGGCUCAGCAGCCUAAAACCCCUAAUAGGUGAACCAAGAACAUUUUUCAGUGUUAGAAUUGGGAGGAAAACUACGGAUUAACAAUCAAAGAAAUCUCACGGAUUUAGGUGGGGACUAAAAACCCAAGCCACGUGCCGGCCUGGGUGGGAGUCAUGCCUGGGUCACAGGGGGAAGAUGGGGAAGGAACUACUGGGCUAAUCUCAUUUCAGGUUUUAAGAUAAUCCACGGAAGUGUACAAUUGACAUUUUCCAAGAAAAAAUCACUGGGAAUCUGAACUACCUCUGGAUUAUUCAAAUUGAAAGGUCUUCUGGGUUUUUUUUUAUAAUAAUGUUGAACUGGUUUUGUUUUAAAUGUUAGUGUUUGGAGCUGUUAAACACUGUUAAAAAAAGGGUGGGCAAAACACUGUUGGCAAUGUUAUUUGUCCAACAUUCGUAUGAAUUUGCCUCAUUGUUGGUAAAUUAAGGUGAUAAACAUGACCAACUAUUAAGAAGAAUUUGCCAGAGUGUUGACCGUAUUGACCAACAUUGGGCAAACUACCAACCCAUUUUUUUUUGUUAAACAGUGAAUAGGGCAUCUUCAAUAUCAUAAAAUACAUAUUUGCAUGCAAGUAUAAUAAUUUAUCUUAAUCACUGUCAGUGCGGUUAAUGAAACAUGAAACAGUUGACCGACAGCAUUAUGGAAUGAUUAAUAUUGAAGACACCUUGUGGAUGACUUAAAAAAGAAACCCGACUGACAUAUGGACUGACGUUGAUUGGACGGAAUUGAAAACAUGUGUGUGUAAGAUUGCCAAUUAGAGUCGGAACAAUUGCUGUUAAUGAUGAGGGUUGUAGAUAUCCAGAUAACCACACAGUCCAUGCAAAAUUAGUCAUGCUUGUCACCUGAUGGGUUUAACAGAGGGCAGCUACAUGUAGCUCAACCAACAGCACUUUCAUGCAUUUAAAGGGAAAGAAUGUUGCAACCUGACGCUGCUUUUGUCUUCAUAUAUCAUCUUAAUAAA